GUAAGUUUAAUCCUCCUACUUUCGAUGGAAAUCUUAAGCCAGCGGUGGUUGAAGAAUGGAUAGAUCAAUUGGAGAGUAUUUUUCGUAUGGUUGUGUGCACUUCUAAUCAAAAGGUGCAGCUGGCAAUAUUCCUACUACAGAAGAGUGCUAAGAAAUGGUGGGAAACAUCAGGACCGAAGGAUGAUUCCUCUCUUACUUGGGAAGAUUUUAAAGCCAUAUUGUUCGAGAAUUAUUUUCCUACUGCACUGAGAGCAGAAAAGGAGGCUGAGUUUCAUGCAUUUCGUCAGGGUGAUCUAGAUGAGGAUGAAUUUAUUGAACAAUUCUCAGAAUUAUCUAAAUACUCUACUUACCUCCAGAAACAUGAAGACACGGAGUGGAUGGCUGAACGAUUACUAGAGAAGGCGAGGCCUGAUCUAAGGGAACAGUUAGCCCCUUUUGAGAUCAAGACAUUCAGUGAGAUGUGCAAUAAGCUUCGAAUAGUUUCUCGGAGGAAGAGAGAGGCUAGAUUAGAAGCUGAUAGAGAGAGGAGGAAAGAACCUCAUGGGAAGCCCCCUAUCCACACCAGACCCAUUGGUGGAGUAGAGAAGAGGAGCAGUCAAAUCUUUGGAGGCUUUAGAAAUCAGAAGAAGAAGGGCUACUAUCAUAAGGGCCAGAGCUACAGAGGGAAUCAGAGUGGAAGUCAAGGGUCCUAUAGGAGCCCAGCUACCUUUAAUCCUACUUCCGGUGCUGCUAGUAAUCAAGCAUGCAGUAAGUGUGGGAAGUUUCAUUCUGGUGAUUGUUGGGUUUGUUACAUCUGCCAGAAGCCUGGUCAUAUUGCCCGAUUCUGCUAUCAAAAUCAGAAUAGGGGUAAUGAUCAGAGACCUACAGUACCAGCACGAGUGUAUGCCCUCUCUGGGCCAGAGGCUGCUAACAACCCUAAUGCUAUCCGAGAUUGUAUUACUGGUGAAGAUUGUGGUGAGAGAGAAAUUUUAAGGAAUAAUUUAUUGAAAAAGCCACAAGGAGAAGAGCCACGAGUGACACGUGGAGGAGUCCCAGAGACUUAGUGGUAUAGAUCCACUGUCUCUUUUGGGUAUUUAAUUUAUGAUUUAUAAUGUGUUAUAUUGCCAAUAUUAGGGCUUUUUGUUUAUUGUCAAUUAUAUGAAUAUAUAAAU